UCUCCUCCUGACACACGGAGUAUUAUCAGGCUGGCGCAGUUCUCGGUUACGGCGGGUUGUCUUUUUCAUACGCACACCAAGUCGCCUUUCUCUUCUCUCAGGUAAGGCGAGCCAAUAAGCGCUCGCGGACGGCGCUCAAACACGCGAGCUCACGGAAAAAGAGGCGGGAACCUCGCGCACCUUCAGAGGAGCGUGCACGCGCAUUCACAUCGCUCGAGCUCCGCCAGUCAGUCACAGAGCAGCAGCUUCUCACGGGCUAAAACCGGCGGCUUGCAGAAGGGGCAGGUGGACGUCCGCGUAGACUACCACCUCCGCUUGGCGGUCUGAAAGCACCUCGGUGGACAUUCAGCCACUUCUCACAGCCCGUCCUCGAUCUCGCAGUCAUUUGUCACUAAUACAUGCCGUUCAAGUGCUCGUAGUAAACAGUUCCUCGAGAUGGAAAACGCCCACACUAAAUCUGCAUCAGAAGUUUUAGCAAACUUCGGUGUGAACGAAAACACUGGACUCACGCUGGAACAAGUGAAAAAUAAUUUUGAAAAGUAUGGACCGAACGAGCUCCCAGCCGAAGAAGGUAAAUCUCUAUGGGAGUUAGUGGUGGAGCAGUUUGAGGACCUCCUGGUGAGGAUUCUGCUGCUGGCAGCCUGUGUGUCUUUUGUGUUGGCACUGUUUGAGGAGGGGGAGGAGUCCACCACAGCUUUCGUGGAGCCUAUUGUCAUCCUGCUUAUUCUGGUGGCCAACGCAGUCAUUGGAGUCUGGCAGGAGCGAAAUGCAGAGAAUGCCAUCGAAGCUCUAAAAGAGUAUGAGCCAGAGAUGGGCAAAGUUUACCGCAUGAACCGCACGGCUGUCCAGAGGAUCAAAGCUCGAGACAUCGUGCCUGGAGAUAUUGUGGAGAUUUCUGUUGGAGACAAGGUGCCAGCAGAUAUCAGGAUCACCUCAAUCAAAUCCACCACCCUGAGGGUAGACCAGUCCAUCCUCACAGGUGAAUCUGUGUCUGUUAUCAAGCACACUGAUCCUGUGCCAGAUCCCCGAGCUGUCAAUCAAGACAAAAAGAACAUGCUGUUUUCUGGCACAAACAUCGCUGCGGGUCGGGCCAUCGGUGUUGUCGUCUCCACUGGGGUUUCCACUGAAAUCGGCAAGAUCCGUAACCAGAUGGCGUCAACGGAGCAGGAGAAGACCCCAUUGCAGCAGAAGCUGGAUGAGUUUGGUCAACAGCUCUCCAAGGUGAUCUCGCUCAUCUGCAUCGCCGUCUGGGUCAUUAACAUUGGUCAUUUUGCCGACCCAGUCCACGGCGGGUCCUGGAUCCGAGGUGCCAUCUACUACUUCAAGAUAGCUGUGGCCUUGGCAGUAGCAGCCAUCCCAGAGGGUUUGCCAGCUGUCAUCACCACCUGUCUGGCACUGGGCACUCGUCGCAUGGCCAAGAAAAAUGCCAUUGUCCGUUCACUGCCCUCGGUGGAGACGCUGGGAUGCACCUCCGUUAUCUGUUCAGACAAGACCGGGACCCUGACAACCAACCAGAUGUCCGUCUGCAGGAUGUUUGUGGUCAAUAAAGCUGAUGACAGCAGCUGCUCCCUGCAUGAGUUCACCAUCAGCGGCUCAACAUACGCUCCAGAGGGAGAAGUCCUGAAAGCUGACAAGCAGGUGCAGUGUGGCGAUUAUGAUGGCCUGGUGGAACUGGCUACAAUUUGCUCCCUGUGCAAUGACUCCUCGCUGGACUAUAAUGAGGCCAAAGGAGUGUAUGAGAAAGUGGGAGAAGCCACAGAAACCGCACUCACCACGCUGGUGGAGAAGAUGAAUGUGUUUAAAACAGACCUUUCUGGACUCAGUAAAGUGGACAGAGCUGCAGCUUGCAACUUGAUUAUCAGACAACUAAUGCAGAAAAAGUUCACACUGGAGUUUUCCAGAGACAGGAAAUCAAUGUCGGUGUACUGCACUCCCAAUGGCACAAACUCUCAGAGCAAGAUGUUUGUCAAGGGAGCUCCAGAGAGCGUGAUUGACCGCUGUCAGUUUGUGCGUGUUGGUAAGGAGCGCUUUCCGUUGACGAUGCCGGUAAAGGAGGAGCUGAUGAGCACCAUUAGAGACUGGGGGACGGGCAGAGACACACUGCGCUGCUUGGCUUUGGCCACCCGAGACUCUCCUCCAGCUGUCGAAAAAAUGGACCUGGAGAAUGCUGGCAAGUUCGCAGAGUACGAGUCGAGCCUCACCUUCGUUGGCUGUGUGGGGAUGCUGGAUCCACCCAGGAAAGAAGUGAUCGGCUCGAUAAAGCUGUGCAAUAAGGCUGGUAUUCGUGUUAUCAUGAUCACCGGAGACAAUAAAGGCACCGCUGUGGCCAUCUGCAGACGCAUCGGCAUCUUCAGCGAGAAUGAAGAUGUGGAAGGAAGAGCGUACACUGGCAGAGAGUUCGAUGAUCUUGCUCCAGAAGUCCAGCGAGAGGCAGUGAAGAGGGCAAGAUGCUUCGCCAGAGUCGAGCCUGCGCACAAGUCAAAGAUCGUGGCGUAUCUGCAGUCCUUUGACGAGAUCACAGCAAUGACUGGUGAUGGUGUGAAUGACGCCCCUGCCUUAAAAAAAGCUGAAAUUGGCAUCGCCAUGGGCUCGGGCACAGCAGUAGCCAAAUCUGCCUCCGAGAUGGUGCUCUCUGAUGAUAACUUCUCCACCAUCGUGGCUGCCGUGGAAGAAGGACGAGCCAUCUAUAACAACAUGAAGCAGUUCAUCCGUUAUCUCAUCUCCUCCAACGUGGGAGAGGUGGUGUGUAUUUUCCUCACAGCCAUCCUUGGCCUUCCUGAGGCGUUGAUUCCUGUUCAGCUGCUGUGGGUGAAUCUGGUGACGGAUGGACUGCCUGCCACUGCCCUGGGCUUCAACCCGCCUGACCUGGACAUCAUGGACAAGCCACCCAGGAACCCGAAAGAGCCUCUGAUCUCAGGCUGGCUUUUCUUCAGAUACCUGGCCAUUGGAGGAUAUGUGGGUUUAGGCACUGUCAGUGCUGCCACCUGGUGGUAUUUGUUUGAUGAAGACGGGCCGCAGGUGUCCUUUUACCAGCUGCGGCAUUUCAUGCAGUGUACAGAGGAAAACCCCAUGUUUGAGGGCAUAAACUGCGAGGUCUUUGAGUCCCGUUACCCAACCACCAUGGCUCUCUCUGUGCUUGUUACCAUCGAGAUGUUCAACGCUCUUAACAGUCUGUCAGAGAAUCAGUCUCUCCUGAGGAUGCCACCCUGGGUCAAUAUAUGGCUGUUGGGGGCCAUAAUCCUUUCCCUGUCUCUACACUUCCUCAUCCUGUAUGUGGAGCCUCUACCGCUGAUCUUCCAGGUCACUCCACUGCAUUGUUCCCAAUGGAUCAUAGUCUUCAAGAUCUCAAUUCCUGUCAUCCUAUUGGACGAAGCUCUUAAGUAUAUCUCCCGCCACCACUUAGAAGGUGAAGAGGAGGACAGGUACAGGAAGAAUCGGCAGCUGAAAUUUUAGGACGACUUCCUCCAGGCACACAUGAACACACACACACACUCACCCCUGCCUUUUUCCUCCAUGCUUUUAAGACAUGCACACACACAUCACUCGUCCUCUAGAAAUCGCUCAUCAUGUGUCUUCUCUGCAUGUCCAGCCACCACUAAAAACAAGCAGGGCUUGUAGUUUGUUACUGUGUGUGUGUGUUUGAGAGUUUAGGCGUGAGUGUUUGUGUGUGUGUGCAGGCAUGUGCAUGGGCCUAAUUCAAUCAUGUCAAGUCGUUGUGUGUCCAUAUGUUUUCUUUUACCUUGCUUUUUAGCUUUCACACACACUUGCUGUACAUAGUAGUGCGGUUUACUGGAGAGGAAGAGCGUUCAAGGAUGAACAUUUGGGUAAUACGGGUUAAUAACAAGCGGGAAUUUAAUCAUAAUUUGGCCAAAAAGUACAUUAAGCAACAAAUGUUAGAUUCAGAAAUGUAAAAGAGAGGAUGGAGAUGGCAGUUUGGGCGUCUUUUAAUGUGUGAAUGUUUGUUCGGACAGAAUGGCCAGUUUCUUUAAGUGGUCGCUCCAGUUUCUUUUUUCCUCUCUUCUUUUGGAUGUUUCUUUUAAAUAACUGUUUACACAAGGCUAAACCAGGCAGCAAAUACUUUUGUAUUGCACAUGAUCAUUAUAAUCAACUGUUUUAGUCUGAAAUAAGCAUCACUGAAAACUGAGAACUUUCGGAUUGUAAAAUAGCAGGUCAAGGAGUGAAUUUUAGCUGUAAAACAUUUCAAAACUGCGCAGAAAUUGAUUGAAAUUGACGACCGUAAAAACAGAAUGCGAAUAAGUGAACUACCAGACUUUUCCUCCUCUAUUAUGUAAGAGUGAACUCCACUUGAACACUAGUAAUAAUUCAAUCCAAACAUGGUGCAACCUGCCACAUGAUGUAAGUAUUACUAUCCAUGGCGGGUUUUGAAAGUGAUGAGAGGGAAGAGGAGGAAAGAAAGGGUUUUGUUCACUGAGGGCAGUCCAGGUUUGCAGCAUUACCUGACUGCUUUGAUUUCCCCUCACCUACACACAGACACAAACUCACGCACCCUCUUUAGGGAGUAAAGGGGUCUCACUUGAAUGUACUUUCGCUUGCUGCUUGCUAGCAAGACUUUUCGUGCUCCUCUAAUGCUGGCGAAUUGCUUUUUCCUUUGCACGUUUUUCAUCCUCCAUCACCAUCAUCAUUAUGAACACAUCAUGUCCACAAAGGGAGGAUUCUCUACCGCUAGUGCUUUUCUUGCAAUCUUGAUGAACUUGGCUACUUUAUUGUUUUGUUUUUUAACACAGUAAUAAUAAUGUAUUCGACUGAAAGAACCCAGGUGGUUUAGCUUGUCAGUUUUGCUGUUAAGGGUUUGAUAUGCCCUCAUCGAUCUGUUGGGUAAUGCUGGUGUGCUGUUUUCAGACAAAUGGCAAAGCAGCUACGCCUGUGCCUGGUGUCAAUAUGCUAAAAGCGCAGUGUGAAAAGUCUUAUGUCUGCUUGCUAGCUGUGACAAUGGUGUCCUUCUGUCACAGCUUCGUAUCAUCUGUUUUGCCAGUAACAAAUGUGAGUGGUGUAAAUGUUAUUUUAAACAGGCGAGCUCUGUGUCCCAUGUGCUCUCACACUUACAGCUAAUAGAAAACUUUAGGGUCAGCGUUUUGACACAAGGCAACAUGGCCGCUCAUAUUCAUCACACUAGCAUCUGCACCAAUAGAAAGUGUGGGCUUGUACAGCCUUGCUAAUAACUACUGAUCUCUUGAACUCUUGUACAGUACAGAAAAAAUGAAAUACCUGAUUGCAUGGAACCUUGUUACUGUAAUGAAUAACCUAUACAGUAUAUUUCAUUCUUUUUUAAAUAAUGAAAAAUCAUCACCACCCGGGAGAGAGCAGUUGCAAAACUUACUUUGGAUUUUCUUUCAGCGUUCACCUAACUGAGACUAUUUUGUAGAAUAGUGGCGGUUGUUUAUUCAUUGUUACAGUUUGUUUUAAAGGUUGCAGGGGUUUAUGUGUCUUUUAAAUUUAGUUUAGGAGUUGUAAAAUAAAGAUAAGAUUUGUGCUAAUGAUCAUUUUUGCACCUAUAAUUGGGUUUUAAUGUCUGAGGAGUUUUAGUUUCUCAGUUUUUGUUUGUCUGUUUGAUUUGUGUGGUUUACACCGAGUGGCGUCCACUAGUCAAUAUACUGACUUCACAAGUUGUUCUCCUGAAGGGCUUGGUGUGGGAUUUGUGCCUCCAGAGAUUUGAAAUGUUACGUAGAAAGUUGGACGUCCACUUUGUAUCUAUUUCAAUCCCUAUUUAAAACCGAUUCGAGUAAUAUUCCUUAACGUUACUGAAUGCCUUUUGUUGGUGCUUCUCCCGCGAAACGUUUUCAUCAAACGAUACUGAAUGUUUUCACACUGAAACGUGCUUGAUUGUUCGUUGUGGACAUUUCGGAAAGGUUGACAAUCAGGAGCGCAAACAAGAGUUUGUAGUGUCGUCGUUUUCCCCCCAUUCGUGGUCCUGAGAUGAUCCGCUCGGACUAGACAGCUGUCUUUCUGCCUGCGCACAAACCGGCUGGAGCUUUGCACCCACUACUGAGAAAGAAUUCUCUGUAAACGCCUUGGUAAUAUUAAUUGUGGAUACAUAAUUUUAUAUAUAUGAAAAAGACAUGUCAAAUAAAGAUUAUUUAUCUUCUAAUUUA